AUGGUGCCCCUCAACUUCAUCCAUCUUCGUACCAUUUCCCGCCACAAAGUUGCUCUCGGAACUCUUCUCCAUGGCUUCAUCUAUAGACCCUUUUGCCACUUUCCCGUCGCCGACAGCUCCCCCUCGGCCCCGCCGUCGUCGACGGUCGUCAAACGAGUGUGCUUUUGGGUUUGCGACUCGUAUUAUAAUAACCAACCGAGAAAUAAACCCCAUUCGAAUUCGGUGUUGAACCUGCCGAUUGAUUCCGAUUUUCUGACCACGGAACAGGCGAUCACCGUGGUGGCUUCACUGGCCGACGAGGCUGGUUCAAUGGUGGCGAUGAGUUUCUUCUAUUGGGCCGUCGGCUCGCCUAAAUUCAGGCAUUUUAUGCGGUUUUACAUUGUCUCGGCUACCUGCUUGAUUAAAAAUGGAAACUUUGAGCGGGCCCACGAGGUUCUCCGCUGUAUGGUGAGGAAUGUAGCUGAGAUCGGGAUGUUGAAGGAGGCCGUGGACAUGCUUCUCGAGAUGCCCAGCCAAGGUUUAGUUUUAACUGCUCACACUUUGAAUUGUGUGCUGGGUGUGGUGAGCGACAUGGGUUGUUAUGAGAUUGCCGAGAAUCUGUUCGACGAAAUGUGUGAGAGAGGUGUGGUUCCAGAUUCCUAUAGUUUCGAGUCGAUGGUCGUGUUGUAUUGCAGGCUCGGGAGAAUCUCGGAUGCCGAUAGAUGGUUGGGUGCGAUGUUUAGCAGAGGCUUUCUUGUCGACCGGGCUACCUGUAGUUUGAUUAUUGAUGUGUUCUGUAAAAGUGGUUUUGUAGAUAGAGCUCUACGGAUAUUUAACAAAAUGGUUGAUAUGGGGUUCGAGCCGAACAUAAUCAAUUUUUCUUGUUUAAUUAAUGGGUUAAGCAGCAAGGGAAGCAUUAAACAAUCGUUUGAAGUGUUGGAAGAGAUGGUUCGGAUUGGGUUGAAGCCGAACGUGUAUACUCAUACGGCUUUGAUCGAUGGCCUAUGUAAGAAAGGUUGGACAGAUAAGGCUUUUCGGCUUUUCUUGAAACUCGUUCGGAGCGAAAGUUACAAGCCCAACGUGCACACUUAUACGGCCAUGAUCUCUGGAUACUGCAAGGAGGAGAAGAUGAACCGGGCAGAGAUGUUACUGGUGAAAAUGCAGGAACAAGGGUUAGUUCCUAAUUUGAACACUUAUACUACUCUUAUUGAUGGCCAUGCUAAGGUUGGAGAUUUUGAUAGAGCUUAUGAGUUAAUGGACGUGAUAGAAAAAGACGGUUUAACCCCUACCACUUGUACGUAUAAUGUUGUUGUUGACAGUCUCUGUAAAAGAGGAAGGGUGAAGGAGGCCUAUGGUUUGCUGAAAACGAGCUUUCGGAAUGGGAUUUGUGCCGAUAAAUUUACAUAUACUGUGCUUAUACACGAGAGUUGCAAGCAAGAUAAUAUCAAACAGGCUUUGGCACUUACAAAUAAGAUGAUGAAAAGUGGAAUUGCGCCGGAUAUGCACACUUACACAACCUUGAUCUCAUCGUUUUCGAGGCAAAAGAAAAUCAGAGAAUGUGAAAAGAUUUUUUCCGAUGCUCUCGGUACAGGACUAGCUCCAACCACGCAAACUUACACAUCUAUGAUUUCUGGAUACUGUCGUGAUAAUAAAGUCGACAUGGCUGUGAAGUUUUUUCAUAAGAUGCGUGACAAUGGCUGUACGCCUGAUAGUUUUACUUACGGUGCUCUAAUAAGCGGGCUUUGUAAGGAAUCCAAGUUAGACGAGGCAAAAUGGUUUUUCGAAGAAAUGAUGAACCGGGGUAUUUCCCCAUCUGAAGUCACUCGGCUGACAAUAGCUUAUGAGUUUUGCCGAAAGGGUAAAUCUUUGACUGCAAUGGUCCUCCUGGAUAGGUUAGAUAAGAAGCUAUGGAUUCGUACAGUUAGAACCUUAAUCCGGAAGCUUUGCAGUGAGCAGAAAGUAGAAAUGGCGGCCCAGUUUUUUGAUAAAUUGUUAGACGCAAACCACGCAGUGGAUCGUGUGACACUCGCAGCUUUUAUGAGUGCGUGUUAUGACAGUAACAACUAUGCGCUUGUUUCAGAUAUGUCUAGGAAGAUGACGAAAGAAAAAGGUUCUUCAUCUCAUAAAGAGGAUGCGAGUGAUAAGCAACUAGUCUAG